GAUUUGACGAUGAACCGUGGAUGGGGAGACUCGCAAGGAUUUAUUGCUGAGGACGAGGGAAAUUACGGUUCUGCUCAGGGACAGAGGAGUCCCCCCGAGUAUUCUGGUUGUUCUCAAUCGAAAAUACGCGACGAGGGGGAUCUGCAGUUCUGGGCUGAGGACGAGUUGAGCUCCAUCGAGUCCAAUUCCCGACUGAAAAAACGCAAAAGAAGGCACUCGGUCUCGUAUCGAAACCAAAAGUACAGGAGUCGAUCGCGAGCCCCUCAAUCCUCUAGCUCCAGUGGCAAAUCGUCAUGCACGAGGACCAGGCGGAGGAGAAAGAGGAGGAGAGCGAACACUGAGGACACCCCCACGAAUUCUAAACCCCCGAAACCCAGUAUUCCCGCUCGAGGGAAAAUCUCGGUGAAGAAUCCUCUGAAGAAAUUCAGACUCAAGUUCCAAAGGAAAUGAUUCAAUAUCGAUCAAUGAAAGAUGAGAAUUAAAGUAGUGAAAGGGACGCAUGAGUUGAUUUUUUAUUUUUAGAUUUCAUUCGUGAAGAGUUUUAGUUCAGAAUGAAGAUGACUUUUUUAAAAAUAAUUCUGAAUUUCAGAAGAUGAUUUUUUAUGAGAAUUAUUUCGAAACGAA